CCCCUCUCUUUCAAAUCCUUGCACAAAAACUACAUUGCAAAAAUGUCUCAAUUAUAUUUCAUGACAUUCUUUUUUUACUUAUGUUUCUUUAGUACAAUUGUUUGUUUUGCAUCCUCCAACGUACAAACCCUGAAUUCAGGUUACACAUUUGUUAACCCAAAUUUACUUCCACCAAAAACAUUGACAUCAUCUAAAAAAUAUGAAGGUUCAUCUGAACUUGUGAACCUUAAGUACCAUAUGGGUCCGGUUCUUUCAUCACCAAUUAACAUUUACAUUAUUUGGUAUGGAAAAUGGAAGCCAACCCAAACUUUGAUUAUCAAAGAUUUUUUAUUAUCUAUUUCCACAACUAAUCGACGGGCCGCCCCCCACCCGUCUGUAUCAGACUGGUGGGAGACGGUCUCGCUUUACACGGACCAAACAAAUGCAAACAUUUCGCGGUCCAUGGUUAUUUCUGGGGAAUACCAUGAUCAAAAAUAUUCCCAUGGGACCCACUUGACCCGGUUAACGAUCCAAGAAGUAAUUGGGUCGGCAGUCCAAUCAGCACCAUUUCCAGUGGAUCAUAAAAAUGGAAUCUAUCUUAUAUUAACUUCUGUAGACGUGACAGUAGAGGAUUUCUGUAGAGCUGUUUGUGGGUUCCACUAUUUUACUUUUCCAUCAAAAGUGGGCUACACUUUACCGUACGCAUGGGUUGGUAAUUCGGGCCAACAAUGCCCCGAAGUUUGCGCUUACCCAUUUGCUGUUCCGAGUUAUAUGCGUGGUGGUGGGCCGGGUCCACUUAAACCGCCAAAUGGAGAUGUUGGUAUUGAUGGAAUGAUUAGUGUGAUCGGGCACGAGCUCGCGGAGCUAUCGUCUAACCCGUUGGUUAACGCGUGGUACGCGGGCGAGGACCCAACUGCGCCCACGGAAAUCGGGGACUUGUGUGAAGGGUUAUAUGGGUCGGGUGGUGGUGGUGGGUAUAUUGGUGAAGUUAUGAAAGAUGGGUCGGGUCGGACUUUUAAUAUGAAUGGUAGAAGAGGUAGAAAGUUUUUAGUACAAUGGAUAUGGAGCCCCGUUUUGAAAGCAUGUGCUGGCCCAAAUGCUAAAGAGUGAUUAAAUGGUUUCUGCAUUAGUUUUGUUGUACUAUGUGCUUCAAAAUUGGUACAUAAAGUGAUGUUGAUUGAGAUGGUUUGUUGAAGACAAACUUAAAAGUUAAGGGGCAUCAACGGAAUUGAUGAGAGUUGGAGAACCAGGGGACAAUUUUUAUUUUUUUAAAUUUUUUAUAGGGUUUAUUUUUUAGAUUGAAUAAUUUUUUUUUAUGUAAAAAGGAAGGGGCAUGGGAUUUUUAUAUAAUCUUUGUGGUUUUUUUUCGCUAGUCUCUUUAUGUAGGUAACAAACAAAAGAGUUAUAGUUUUACGCUGAUGUUGAUAAA